AUGUGCGGCACAAUGGACUACCUGCCCCCGGAGAUGAUCAUCGGCAACAAACAUACCGACAAAGUGGACCUGUGGUCGCUGGGUGUGCUCUGCUACGAGUUCCUCGUCGGCUCGCCCCCAUUCGAAAGUGACGAGACCCAGCUCACGUAUAAGAAGAUUAGAAAUGUCGACUACAAAUUACCGUCCAACAUCUCAGCGGGGGCUCGGGACCUCAUCCGAAAGUUGCUCGUCUUCAAGCCCACCGACCGGCUCACCCUCGAAGGCGUAAAAGAACAUGAAUGGGUGAAGAGCCACGAUUCCCCGUUGGCACCGACCGUCGCCAAAUUCGUCAAGCUCAUUGGGGUGAACGAGACAAACGCCAUUUUGAACAACUUCCACCUGCAUGAGUACGCCCGCCUGAAGCAGCUGAGGGAACUGGCUCUGGUCAAGGACAAAACGUCGACCAAAGCCUGGAAGAUGGUGCACGAUGUGAUCUUUGCAUCACUGAUGCAGGCGGGGCAUUUGAUCGGGGGGUUGCCAACUGAAUUGAAGGCCGCGCUGAAGGCAAAGCGCAUCCAGGGCGGCGGCACUGUGGAGCAGGGGGCCAACUACACGCUGCUCGAGGCACUAGUGCUCAACCACAUCAUGAACCCGCUCGCCUGGGCCCUUGACGAGAAGAAGCACUCAACCGGUCGCCAUACACAUGCUUCUCGCGCUUCCACGGUGCCCGUCCAGACGGUUGCCGCUGUCACGAAGGUUGAGGUGAAGGGUUUCCACUCGGUUUUCCAGGCCGCCGCCGCCGUCGUCACGCCAGCCGUCACCGCAGCCGCCGCAAACAGUCGCAAA